CGCCCCCCUCCCCCGCGCUUCGGCUCCCGCAUCCCUCCAUCCAACCCUGUGCCGCAGCCGCAUCGCCACCGCAGCCCAGGCAGAGCUGAGCCCGGCCCAGGCCCCUGUCGCUGCCCGGCCCUCGGCCCACCGCCCCCGCUCAAGCCCCCGCCUGCAGGUCCCCCUCGGAGGUUCCGGCGCCCCCCGGCGCCCCCAGACCCCGGCCUCCAGCUCCGAGGUGGGAGGCGGAGAGCAGCAGCAGAGACAGGAGGACGAGGAGGAGGAGGAGGAGGAGCCGUCGCAGGAUGAAGGAUCGGACUCAGGAGCUGCGGAGUGCGAAAGACAGUGAUGAUGAGGAGGAGGUGGUUCACGUGGAUCGGGACCACUUUAUGGAUGAGUUCUUUGAACAGGUGGAAGAGAUCCGAGGCUGCAUUGAGAAGCUGUCGGAGGACGUAGAGCAGGUGAAAAAACAGCACAGUGCCAUCCUGGCGGCGCCCAACCCAGAUGAAAAGACCAAACAGGAGCUGGAGGACCUCACUGCAGACAUCAAGAAGACGGCCAACAAGGUCCGGUCCAAGUUGAAAGCGAUCGAGCAAAGCAUUGAACAAGAGGAGGGACUGAACCGUUCCUCCGCGGACCUGCGCAUCCGCAAGACCCAGCACUCUACGCUCUCCCGGAAGUUUGUGGAGGUAAUGACCGAAUAUAACGCGACCCAGUCCAAGUACCGGGACCGCUGCAAGGACCGGAUCCAGCGACAGCUGGAGAUCACCGGCAGGACCACGACCAAUGAAGAACUGGAAGACAUGCUGGAGAGCGGGAAACUGGCCAUCUUCACGGAUGAUAUCAAAAUGGACUCGCAGAUGACAAAGCAGGCACUGAAUGAGAUCGAGACGAGGCACAACGAGAUCAUCAAAUUGGAAACCAGCAUCCGCGAACUACACGACAUGUUCGUGGACAUGGCCAUGCUUGUGGAAAGCCAGGGGGAGAUGAUUGACCGCAUCGAGUACAACGUGGAACAUUCCGUGGACUAUGUGGAGCGAGCUGUGUCCGACACCAAGAAAGCUGUGAAAUACCAGAGCAAGGCGCGGAGGAAGAAAAUCAUGAUCAUCAUUUGCUGUGUGGUGCUGGGGGUGGUCUUGGCGUCAUCCAUUGGGGGGACGCUGGGAUUGUAGGCCCCCAUCCCUAUCUCUCCCAGACCCCUCCCCCACCACAUUGGGAGCAAUACCCCCACCACCCCUUUCACUCCAUCCCCUGCUCCAAGCUCACCCCCAGAACAGACCCAGGCAACCCCACUCCCUCCUCCACUCCCUCCUCCACCCCACGGCAGACCCUGGAGUCCCUGGGCCUCACCCUGCCAUGGACCACCCCCUGCCCCCGCACGUAGAUAGCAGCAGGCGUGAUUACACAUGCACACCAACAUGCAUGCCGCCGGCACAUGCUCGAGACGUGUGGACACCCCAGCGUGUGUAUACAUGUGUAGAUGUGUAGAUGCACUGAAUCACCCCUUUUGCCCCCACCUUGAGUCUGUGUGUUUUCCCCUUCACCUGGGUUGUUGGGUAGACUGUACCCAAGUACAACACAGCAACCCACCACUCCCCUGUCUGUCUUCAGUGAAUAGGUGUGUGUGUGGGUGUGUGCGUGACCACAGAUUUGUGGACACACAAUUUGUGUACAUGGAAUUUUGUUUUUGAGUGUUUGAACCUAAUACAACAGCAAUUCCUCCACUGACACCUCCUCCCCCAUCUGCUACAAAUGAGGCGGGUAGUGUGUAUGUGUGUGCAGAUGUUCCACAUUCUCAGAGGAUUCAGGGAGGCCCAGAGACACACGGGCCAUGGCAGACACUCCACGUGAUUAGAACAAACCCUCCUGGCUUUGUUACCCCAGGGGCUGUUGUGUGCCCUGGGGAAGAUGUAUAUGUGUAUGUGUGUGUGUGUGUGUGUGUGUGUGUGUUGUGGGCUUUGAAAAUCCCCAGAGGUGAGGGAAAGCAUCUGCAUGUAAAUGACCUAGCUCAACCCACAUAGACGUGCAUUUUCCCCAAUAGGUGAUGUGAGGGACGUGUGUACCCGUGUGCGUGCAUCUGUCUGAAGUGUUGAUAGGUUUUCUUAAAGCCCUCCACGUCAUGGACUGGACAUAUUUUUGGGUGGGCACAGAUAUCUAUAUUUCUAUGCUACCUAGAAUACAGCUGUGUGAGGGUAUGCGUGUGUGCAUGCAUGUGUGUUUAGGGGCUUUCUACAUAGUGUGUUUCUGUCUCCUGCGUACACACACACACUUAUUUAUCUUUAAGGACAUGUGCCCUAUUCAGGUUUAUUUAUCCAGAUUUAUUUGUCUCCCUCCCUCUCUGCAGAGCUGCUGACCAAUAUGGCUGCACACACUGCUACAUCCACAUUGUCCUGCCUGACCUCAGGGCCCCUGUGCACACAUGCCCAGAUCCUUAACUUUCUUUGUGUCUCUACCCAGGGACAGGCCUGAGUCCGUGACAGCUGAGUGUACUCACACAUACCAAGGCUGAGGAGGUCCCAUGAAGGUUGCCACACCCAGGCAUACACAUGUACACUGGGGUGCCUAUGCAUGCUGAUCUUGGCAUGGUGUCCCUUCAGGCCUUUACCCAUUUACACACAAAUGCUUCCCAGAAGGACAUUUGUAGGGUUGUUACUGAUGAGGUGAGAUGUCAAGAGUUGCUCUCAGACAGAUGGAAAAUCAGGGCAUUGACCCUUCCUUCCUCUCAUACACUCCCCUUGGGCCUGGGAGAAGCGUUUGUCCUCACUAUCCCAUCCCAUGCUCUGGGCACUUCCUCAGGAAACUUGGGCUUGGGCAACUGUUGAUUUCAGAUCUACUGGAGUGGCCAGUGUGGGCCAAGUCCUGGGCCCCAUCCCCUAGACAUCUCUCCUGCCAAAAUAUCAUCAAUGGCCAUUCCUCACACCAGGGGUGAGAUGGAGGAAUGUAGGCUUGGGAUUCUGAUGGUGAGGAAAGGGCUAAUUCCUUCUUUGUGGUGUAGACAGCAUAUGCACAGUUCUUGGGUUUGUUUAUUUGGUGACAGUAGGAGAUAAAUGGGAGAAAGGACAAUGUUAAAAGUGCCCCCCGCCCCAAAAUGGCCAAGGAACAGGUAGGCUGAACAUACAAAGUGAAUGAAUCUGCCCUGCCCUGGGGUGGGACAUGCCUGUGUACUAAGUGAAGGGCUUGGGUGUUUGUGUAGACUGUAGUUUACCACAUGAUGCAAAGUGUGUGUUUGUGUGUUUGUAUGAGAGACCAUGCAAAUGUGACCUCCUGGAACACACCCUUCCCAGCCCCAUCCCAAUUCAGUCAACCUCUUCCCUACCUCACUGUUUGGGUCCUGCCCACCCUGAGCUGUGUCUGUAUCAAUGUGGCCACAUGUAUGUAACCCCCCAGAUCAGCUGUCCUGAAGAGGGGAGUUUGCUUGUCCAUUCCCAGAAUGCCCUUCUACAGGACAGAGUCUGACAGCAGCCCUCCCAUUCCCAUCCCAGGCUUCUGUGGAGAUGUCAGAACUGAUUCCAGCAUCCAGCCCCCUUCUUCCUUCCUGCUUCCCUGCCAGGACCCCCCCUUUCAGCCCAGGUGUUUCCGGAAGUUCCAUAGCUUUGGAGUUCACCAGAAGGGUGGAGCUGAGGCUGGAGUGCUGCUCCUACCUCUUUGAGUGGCAUUAGGUCCACUACUGACCAUCCCUGGGCCUCAGGUGGACAAGGGAAUCCCUGGGGUUCUACUAUGCCCAAGCUUUCUCAAAGUCCCACACAUUGUAUGAUAGGUUUGCUUGUUGGCUGCCGUCUAUGUGUGUCCAAGUGUUGUCUAGGGGUUGGAAUUUUUUCGCAUGUUCUCAGACAAGUGUGUGCUGCCCAUACUCCAUGCACCUACAGUCAUCAAGCCAUGUGUGCCCUGUGGGUGGUCCCAGGCCUGGCCAGGGCUCAGUGCUUUCCCUCCCUCUUUUUCCCUAUCCCUGCCUCUCAUGAAGCACACUGCAUUUCCAUCCCAUGUGCCCGUGGGUCGUCGCACACUCAUGCCACGCCUUGAGCGUGUAUACAUGAUGUGUUCUAUGCAUUUACCCUGCCUCCCCCCACAAGCCCGCCCCGCAGAGGACAAGAUGGGUGGCCCCUGGCUCCCUUCUCCCCCACCUGCCCCCUGCCCGCUGUGCAGCUGUGUGCGUUGGCGUGUGUUUCUGUGUCGCUGGCGUGUCACGUGAUGUAGCUGUGUUUGCUGACAUGAGCCCCUGCCCCCUUCUCUGUUUCUCCGUUGGUUUCUAGAGCUCUCUCCUUUCCCUCCCUAGAGGGGACAGGACUCCUGGGGCCUGGCUGGGGGCCCAGAGCCAGGCCACCCUCUCCUGUUAGCCCUCAGUCUCAUUUCUCUCUAUUGGUGACCAAGUUGCAAAUGGAUAAAAUACAGGAAAUUCUGCCCCCCAGCCCUGCAUGUCCUGUCCCCAGAGCCCCGAACCCCGCUCCCGGGCCGGGUCGGGCCCCGUGGGACGGGAGAAAUAGCAACCAAUCCAACAGCGGG